AUGUUAUCGACUUCUCGUUAUCUCCGCUCGGCGGCGGACUCCUCUUCUAUUACUCCUUGCCCGGGAAAAAAAGUAAUCGAGGCUCAAAACUGGGUGGACUUUCUGCCGCGCGAUGUCUCUUUGAAGAUAAUGAAAAAGGUUGGGAUCAUUGAAAUACUGAACACUAUCCCAGUAGUAUGUCACUCGUGGCAUAAAAUCAGUAAAGACCCUGAGCUUUGGCGCUACAUCGACAUGGAAAACCUCGACAUUGAAAACCUCGUGCGCCUCCGCCCCACAGACUGUGAUCUAGUUGAGAUGACCAAGAGUGCAAUUGACCGGAGCUGUGGCCAACUGAUUGAUCUCAAAAUCGCAAGUUUUGGAUGUGACGAUCUCCUCAUGCAUCUUUCUAACAGGAAAAAUCAGUUGAGAAGUCUCCGGCUUGUAGCGUGCUGGGACAUUUCUGAUGAGGGAUUAAGUGAAGCUGUUAAAAAAUUGUCAUCCUUGGAAGAGCUUCACAUUUAUUAUGGGAACAUCACAGAUGAAGGUCUGGAACUUGUUGGUCGCCACUGCCCGGGAUUGAGAUCACUCACAUUUAAUCAACAAGGUAUGUUUAGUAGAGAUGAGUCUAAGUCUGGUAAUGAUGAAGCAUUUGCUAUAGCAAGAAGCAUGCCUGAGUUGUGUCACCUUAGCCUAUUUGGGAAUCAGAUGUCAAACAAUGGUCUGCAAGCUAUCCUCGACUCUUGCCCUCAUCUUGAAUCACUUGAUCUUAGGCAAUGUUUUAAAGUUGACCUUGGGGAUUUUGAAUUGAGUAAAAGAUGUUCUUCCAUAAAAGGACUUCGCAGCCUUCAUGACAGUACUGAUGAUUAUGAAUACGACUCAUCCAUUUUCAACUUCGACUUCUAUAUAUGA